AUGAAAUCUGAAUCAACAAACUUAGAAGAAGCAGAAGAGGAUGAAGAAACAUGUACCAAAAGGAAAAGACUGACUGAAGUUAUAACUAAAAAAAAGAAUAAAUCAAAAAAAGUUAAGGAACAAGAUAUUAUUACCAAAGAGAAAGAGACUGAUAAUAAUAUAAUAAAUUUAGCUACAGUUAAAGAAAUCGCAAAUACUAAUUUCGUCGACGAAGUCGAGUUCAAUAACCAGACUAGUACUGCAAGUGAUGAAGGAGAAAUAAACUAUAUUGAGAAAGAUGGCAGAAGAAAACCAAAGAGAUUAAAUCAAAGAAACACUGCUAAACAGUUACGCGCAGAAGGCAAACAGUAUUGUUCUUCAAAGAAGAAAAUAGUUCCAGCCAGAAGCCUUAAACUAGUUCCAUGUAAAUCAUGUCAAAAUAAUUGCACUGCAAAAUUUUCAGAAGAAGAUAGGCAAGGAAUUUUUGACCAUUUCUGGAAGCUUGGUAAUACACAAGAACAAAAUUCAUUUCUAUUAUCUUGUGUUAGUAUACAAAACAUAAAAAGAAAAUACACCAAGAAAAACGAAAGCCGAAGGACUUUAACAAAAAUAUACACCAUGCAAAAAAAUAACACCGGAGAAAAAGUGUGUAGGCAGUUUCUCCUUUCUACAUUAUGUAUAAAUGAAAAACGAAUGAGAAGGCUUUGUACAAAUAAAACGGCUAUUGGAACCCCCAAAAAAGAUAUGAGAGGUAAAAAUACAAAAGCAAAAAAUAAGACAAAAGAGGAAACUCGAGAACAUGUUAUGAAUUAUAUUAAAAUGCUGCCUGCAAUACCAUCUCAUUAUUGUAGAAGCAGUUCUUCUAAGAAGUACUUGCCAGCUGAAUUUAAAAAUAUUAAAAGAUUAUACAGAUUGUACAAGACUUGGACGCACGACAAUAAUUACAAUUUCGUAAGUGAAUCUGUUUUCAGAAAAAUAUUCACAGUUGAUUUUAAUAUAGGAUUCCACGCUCCAAGAAAAGAUAAAUGCAAUACUUAUAUUAGGUAUAACAAAGAGAAAGCAUCAAACGAGGAGAAGGAAAAAUACAAAGCUCAUAUUGAUGAAAAAGAGGAAGCCAAGAAGCUUUACCAUGCUGAUCAGAAAAAAUCAAACCUUGAUGGAUUUUUGUGUUCAAGUUUUGAUAUGCAGAAGGGUUAUGAUUCUCCUGAUAAUCUUAAUUCGCUUGCAACCAGCAACGGACUAGUCGUUAGUGACUCAUCAAGUACCUACAAUUCCAAUUAUUUUGAAAUGGUGGCUAACAAUUUAAAACUAGGUGGAGAAUUUUAG